GUACUAUCAGUCCAUUCAUAUGUCGAUCACCAGGUAAUUGACUCAGUUUCAGCUAAGCCCCAGCAACGUGCACCCGCGGCUCGCGUCCUCCUAUAUAAGGAGAUCUUGCAAAAUCGUCGCACAUUCGAACAUCAACCUGUCCAGGAAGUCAUCCUUUUGCAAAAUUCAUUCACACAUCAUGUUUUUAUUUCUGGUCCUUGGAGCACUGCUGACGCUAUGUUCGGCGAGCCCUGCAGUCGACGGGAAGGCUAAACCGCAGGUCCUACACUACGAGAUGCAAACUGCUGAUAUGCCCAACUCCUACAAUUUUUAUUACGACACAAGCGACGGUUCGUCCCGGACGGAGCACGGCGCCAUCCUGAACCCCGGCACGAAGGAGGCGGCGCUGGACGUGCUGGGCACGGUCCGCUGGUAUGACAACAAGGGACAGCUCUACGAGAUGUCCUACAAGGCUGGGAAGAGAGGCUAUAGGACGGUUAUCAAGAAAGUGAAGCAACGAUAACAGAAUUUCUAAAUAUAAAAUUUGUGUUAGUCAAUGUGUCGUUCCACAUACAAUUCCGAUUUCAAAUACCUUGGAAGAGAAAUUGGGUUUAAUAGGUACUUUUCUUUUUUUAUACAUUCAGACAAUUUUAGUGCAAAUAAAAUUCAAAUCAAAUAGACGGACACAAAUUAAGUAGGAACUUAUAAUGAACUUGGAUGAAGUUAAUUAAAAUAAUAUUAAUUGUCAAUGAGUAGGUAGGUAAAGCCAGGAUAAGGGAUUGCGUGGUAUUCCAAGACGUGGUAUGGUUUGAAAUGAGUCUGUGACAUGACCCGUACGGAAAUUUUAUUUGACUACAUACAUGACGUACGUACAUUUUAUCCAUAUAUAUAUAUAUAGUAGUAAGCUGUUUGUAGCGUCACUGUCUCAGGGCCAAAUAAAAUCUUGUUAGGCUUUACCUAGUUAUCUAAUUAAACAUUGAUUUGUUUGACAAUUUUGUGGCAUUGCUUGUUAUUUUGCCAAAAAUAUAAUAUAAUGUGGAGUCGGGAACAAGACUGGAUUUUUGUAGGCUUUGAUUGAUCACAAAAAGUUAAAUUUAAUAGGUAAGCAAAGUGAUUAAU